CAAUAUCAUUUACGAUACGAAUCGAGAUUCACGAUGAACCGCAGAGCAUUAGCCCGGAAGGCUGCAGGCGCCAAGGUGACCGCUCCUAGCAGCAGCACCAGUCCCGAGAACGUUGGCGUGGAGAAUGUGACGAAGAAACUGGAGGUGCAGCUGGCGGCGGGCGAUUUCUACGGCGCGUUGCAGAUGUACAAGACGCUGUUCAUGCGUCUGCUCAAGGGGGACGAGCCCAGCGCCGAGCAGCAGGACAAGGCGGUGGCGCUGGCGCAGGAGGCAGCGCUCAAGCUCAUCGAGCACGACCAGAACACGGCGGCCACCGAGAUGGCCAACCUCAUGGUCUCCGUCUUCUCGGACUUCCACCACCCAGUGGACGACGCGCACAAGCAGCGGAUCCGCCAGAUCGACGCCGUCUUCCAGCCCAAGCCGCAGUUCAGCGCAGAUCUGGCCGUGGUCCUCAAGAACGCGGUCAAGUGGUCGGCAGAAGAGGGCGCUCGCAAGCGCGGAGACCCCGAGCUGCAGCUGCUGCUGGCUCGUGCCUAUCGCACGGCUGGGGACUUUACGCACGCCCUGAAGCACUUUUUGCAUGCCGAGACCCCGCAAGAAUUGGCAGACGCGCUGUUCCAGUGGUCGACACAGGGUUAUCCCAGUGAAUCCGACUUGUACCUUGCUCGCGCUGUGCUGCAACUGCUGAGUCUGGAGAACCUGCGCGACGCUAACAAAGUCUACGAGGCAUACGUGGCCAAGUGUCAGAGCGUUGGACGUCCGGUGGACCUGCCGCUGUUCAAUUUUACGCGGUUCCUGCUGUUGACGCUGGAGCGUGAUGCGCUGCCCCUUUUCCAGAUGCUUCAGGAGCGUUAUGCGCCCGCACUUGCUCGUGACAAUAGUCUCAAGAGCGUACGUAGCUGUUGGGAAGGUAUUGAUUGAAGUAUCGCGAGUGCUAUGCUAAUAUUUUUUGCUCUUUAAUUAUUGCAGUAUUUAAGUGUCAUCGGCCAGAAGUUCUACGGAUUGCAGCCUCCUCGAUCGGGACUCAGCUCUCUGCUAGAAAUGUUUUCGGGCGGCAUGUAACAGCGCGCUAUACGUAGUAGAUCGGUCCCACAAGCAUCAGUCUCACGACAAUUAUCACAGUGAAUAAAGAGCGGUAGUUGGCUCGCAAAGGUUUUAUUCAAUGUGUAAUUGUCAGUAUCACUUCCUUGACGCCGUAGCUGGACGGUAGUAAUCGCCUCCAGGCGAGUUGGCGGUGGCAGGUCUGGCCAGAGCGCGCGCCUGCUUCUCGAUCUCCUCAAUCCGCAGUAACGUCGCCGACUUGAUCGGCAUGAUCUUGGGCUUGCACAGCACUUCCGUCAAGUUGCCACGCUCCGAGUACACGAGGCCAGCUUUGGGUAGAACUUCCUGGAUCUGGACGCGCUGCUCAAGGCAAUGUCAUCACUCAGCUACCGUCACAGCUACAAGCAGCAUUAAAGUGCGCUUACCUGCAUAGUAGAGUCUCAAUAGGAUUUAGUGAAAUGCGACUCUUCAAGCUCAACUCUAUCGAAACAGACAAAGCUAAA